UCCUGUCGGACCUUUUAAGCGACGGACAAGCAGCGACAAUGCCAGAAAUCCCAGUGUGUAAGCUUCAUCACGAAACCUGGUUAAACAUUUGUUGCUUGUUUGAAGACGACUUCUGUGGACCGUAUGAGUUCUGUUUCAAUGAUGGAGUGUUUGGAAGGUGUCAGGAGCUGACUGCUGCACAGCCGCUCAACACCUACGAUGUUUCUUCUUCCAGCCUGAACAGACUCACCAUGAUCCUGCACAAACUGGCUCUCAGAGGGCUGACAUGGCAAGAUGACCUCACCCAGCAGGUGAUCUCCCGGGAGCUCUCCAAGCUGAGGAGCGUGCCCCUCGGCCAUGCGGCGUCGGCGCCCCUCGUGCCCUACGGCGGGGCCGCAGACAGGAAGGUGACGCCCGGGCAGGCGGCGCUGAGCCGGAACCUACAGCAGCUCCUGAAAGGCGUCCACUUCCUGCCAGUCCAGCAGGACACAGGUGGCACUCAGAAUGAAGACAUUGCGUACGACGAACCAAAGACCGGCUGGAAGCAGACCGGAGUGUACAGCGUUCAGAAAGGAGACCAGGCUCCUGUCACCAAGGUCUUCUCUCACAGCGGCCAGGGCAGACACCCUGACGACAACAAAGCCCUCUCCAACCACCUGGACCAGCUCCUAGGAGGAGGACUCUCGGGGCCCCAGGCUGCAUGGCCCAAAGGAAAGCUCCGCUACCUGAGCUACGUGAGACCACCUCCAAGUGACCAACAGGUGGCUUUUGGCUCCAAAUCUCCAAAGACCGAUUCGAACCACUUAUUAUUCAAGACGGUGCCAAACCAACUGAGCGGCAAAAAGCAUCUGGAUGACACACUCCAGGAUAUGCUCAAGCAUUUUGGAGGCCAUGGCUUCAACAUGGACGCUUGGAUGACCAAAGACCUGCAUCAGUUGGCGGAGGUCAUCUCCGGAGCUCUGCCGGCAGCCGACGCCAGGAAGAUAGAUUCUGGUGCCACACCUGGAGGUCCAGGAGCCUCCCAUUCAAAUGGCGUCAUGGAAACUAACCAGGAGCAAUCGGUUGCUAUGGAACCAGUUGGAAGCAACCAAGGCCCGAGUGGGAAAUGGGACAAGGAGACAAAAGACACAUUGAAAUUCCGACAAGGGCAACCAGAAGACGGACCAGACAAAGUGCCAAUUGACAAGCAUACGGCCAUCUUCUCCAAGCUGCUGGACUAUCUCAAUACAGACAAGUUUGGCGAUUCCCCGCCAGUGAAAAGCGGGCCAGCACCUGGUCCCAGACAAAAUGUGGUGGGCCUGGAGAGCGUCCGGAGCCGGACGAUGCAGACCCAGGCCGCCGCCGCCGCCCCCCACGGCUGGGAGGAGAAGAGCGUGUCAGCGCCCGUUGGGGACGGCUCCACCUUGCGUUUGACCAGCGGGGCGGCGGGGCCUGACGCCCACGUGGACUCGGAGAUGGACAGGUGGAUGCAAAAGCUUCAGACACCCGCCGGGAAGAAGGCGCCGGAAGAAGCGGCCGAGAAGGACGUGAGAGUGAAAAGUCAGCUGGUCCAUGUGGGAGUGAAGGAAUUCUCCAGCAGAGGGAAGGACAGACACUUUGGCUACAUCAUAACCAGCUCAGACUCACUCACCUCUGACCAGGCUUUGGAUUUGAUGGAGCGACUCACGCAGCAGUUGGACCUCCACGCUUCAGAUCUCACCCAGCUCACGGUCCUGGGUCCUGCCUUGACAUUCAGAGUCGGCCACAACCCUGAGAAUGUGACAACAGCAGAUCUGGUGCAGAUUGCAGUGCAGCGGAAGCAGCAGCUGGAGAAGGAGACUGGCCUGAAGAUAGUGGAGGCUGGUGUCAGUGACAGGGGCAGCCUGACCCAGAUCCCCGUGGUGAAGGAGACCCGGGUGGAGUCGGGCCAGUUGGUGGUCCUUUCCGUCCUCUGCAUGCUCUUCAUCCUGGUGGCGCUGGCCGUCUCCGCCACUUUCUUCUGCGUGCGCCAGCGCUCUCACGUCUACAGGAAGGAGAAGCUCUCCAGCUUGGGGACUGACACCGGCGGCGAUGCCACGGCAACCUAUCAGGAGCUGUGCCGCCAGCGUAUGGCCAUCCGGGCGUCGGAGCGCGUGGAGCGUCCGGAGACGCGGCGCCACUCGCGGCUCAACAGCGUGUCGUCCCAGUUCAGCGACGGCCCCGCCGGCAGCCCCUCCACCCGCAGCAGCACCUCCUCCUGGUGCGAGGAGCCCGUCCCGUCCAACAUGGACAUCUCCACCGGCCACAUGAUACUGUCGUACAUGGAGGACCACUUGAAGAACAAGAACCGUCUGGAGCGCGAAUGGGACGCCCUCUGCUCCUACCAGGCGGAGCCCGGCAGCUGCAGCGUGGCGCUGGGCACAAAGAAGAACCGUUCGGACGCCGUGCUGCCUUAUGAUCAUUCCAGGAUCACCCUGAAAGCGAAGAAUAACCACAGCAACUCCGAUUACAUCAACGCCAGUCCAAUCAUGGAGCACGACCCUCGCAACCCCACUUACAUCGCCUCGCAGGGCCCACUUCCCUCCACCGUGGCUGAUUUCUGGCAGAUGGUGUGGGAGAGCGGCUGCGUGGUCAUCGUCAUGCUCACCCCCGUCUCGGAGAAUGGCGUCAAGCAGUGCCACCAUUAUUGGCCGGAUGAGGGAUCCGAUGUCUACCACUUCUACGAGGUGAACCUGGUGUCCGAGCACAUCUGGUGCGAGGACUUCCUGGUUCGGAGCUUCUACCUGAAAAACCUGCAGACCAACGAGACACGCACCGUCACGCAGUUCCACUUCCUCUCCUGGACCGAGCGCGGCGUUCCCGCCACGGCCCGCUCGCUGCUGGACUUCCGCAGGAAGGUCAACAAGUGUUACCGGGGUCGAUCUUGCCCCAUCAUCGUUCACUGCAGUGACGGAGCCGGCCGGAGUGGGACGUACAUUCUGAUUGACAUGGUCCUCAAUAGGAUGGCCAAAGGUGCUAAGGAGAUUGAUAUUGCCGCUACCCUGGAGCACUUGAGAGACCAGAGAGCCAGCAUGGUCCACACAAAGGAGCAGUUUGAGUUCGCACUGACCGCCGUGGCCGAGGAGGUGAACGCCAUCCUCAAGGCGCUCCCUCAGUGAAGGCGGUCCACUUCACCACCAUGCCGUCUUCUUACACCCCCUCCUCUUCUUCUUCUCUCUCUCUACAUAUAUAUAUCAAUAACAAUAAUAUAUCUUAUGAUAUGUAAAGCUAUAUACGCUGUACUGUAAUGAAUGUGUAAACUACAGAGUGGUCCCUGAACGCACCACGUCACUAGUACUUUAACUAGUAUUAGUUCACUUCACCUCAUGUACACAUUCUAUGCCAGGGGUGUCAAACGGACACGAACAGGUUUAAUGCAAGGAACUGCUGUUCUGAAUGUGUCCACUGGAUGUCGCAAUAGCAAUUUAUGUGUAACCCGUUUCACACGUGACAGUGUUUACAGAUGACGUGUCGGCUGACUUCAAGCGCCCUCUGGAUUGGCUGCCGCUGCUCCAAUCAGCGCAGGCGCAAGCAAUCGGCAGCUCCUGUUGCAGCUGGCAACAAAAUGGCGGCAGAAUCGACUCGCAAUACCUUCUUUAAUUGAAAAUAAUCCACUUAAAGAAGAAAAUAACGAAACGGUAAGAUGCGAAGACUUAAGUCAACAUAUUUUUAGUUAGUUCCGCUAUUGGUUGAAUUAGUUAUGCGCAGACUGAACUCAAUGAAACAAUGUGUGUUUCUACAUGUGUUGUUUCUUCUAUUUUAUUUUAUACUUAAAUAUGUGUACAGCUCCACUAAUGGACAUUGAAGUGUUACUCUCAAAGGCAAAAUUAAAGUAUUGCUAGAAACAUAAUUUUAUAUGGGACUUAUAUGUAUAGUACAUGUUCCAAAAAGAAAAAAAGCAUAAAACACCACCAGAAUUAGAGAUAUUACAAGUCAAAGUGAUGAAGCUUAAUGUUACGCUCAUGACUUGGUGUAACUAAACAUUACCCUAUAAGAUGAAGGCAAUUGCAUUUUAUUGAUAUUUGAAAUGUAUUCAAUGUUUAUAAAUGAAUAUUUAAAUAUACUAAAUGU